UUCUCAUGCGCUCCCUGCCGUCGACGAGUCAUGGUCUUCUCGGUCUACGCGGGGCAGGUGAAGACGAACCGGAACAUGUCAACUCAAAUUGGGGCAGCUGACUUCUUCGAAAGCUUCCUUGUUGCGCAGAUUCGGAGCUGCGACUUCUGAUUCUCUGUGCGAUUUCGUCUUCUUGCUUAUCACCUUCGAGUUACGGGAUGAGAUUGCUUGUUUGCAGUAUUUUUUUUCUGCCGAUUAUGUGUUCUCAACGACAAUUCUUGGAUGUUGGUAAACACGUUGCAUGCUGAUAGGAGCUGAGAUGUGGUUACAUUCUUAAAGAAGUUCGCUAGUUAUUUGUUUUUGUUUCCGAUUUGGUAAAAUUUACUUGAGUUGAGAAGUACCAGCUAGAUGGGAAACAUUUAUCGCAGUGGAUCAAUGAAAAAGAGCAAUGAAGGGACCAAGCUCACUGUUACAACCAUACUGGGAGUCAUUUUUGGGUUCUUUGUUGGCCUUUCAUUUCAGAAUUUUUCCAGCAUCAGGCUACAGGUCAUCCCUGAUCUAUCAUCUACAAUUGAAAUGGCCUUCAUUGAAGAUAGAAGAUCUUAUGGAACAGAUUUUCCUGCAUCAUCCAAACCCCGUGUAAAUAGAACUAGGUCUCACCAAUCAGAUGAUCCUUUCAAGAUUUAUGUGGAAUCAAACCCUUAUGGUGCAGAGUUAUUACCUCCUGGAAUAGUUGUGGCAGAAACGGAUCUUUAUCUUCGCAGGUUAUGGGGCGAUCCAAAACAGGAUUUAAAAACACAUCCAAAAUAUCUGGUGACAUUUACAGCUGCAUUUGAUCAAUCAAAAAAUGUUGACAUGGCAGUCAAAAAGCUUUCUGAUGAUUUCACAAUAUUACUCUUCCAUUAUGAUGGUCGAGCUAGUGAUUGGGAACAAUUUGAGUGGUCUAAGCAUGCAAUUCAUGUCAGCAUAAAGAAACAAACUAAAUGGUGGUAUGCAAAGCGUUUUCUGCAUCCAGAUGUUGUAGCAGCUUAUGAUUACAUAUUUGUCUGGGAUGACCACAUUGGCAUAGAACAUUUCAAUGCUGAUAAAUACCUUCAUUUGGUUAAAAAAUAUGGUUUGGAGAUUUCUCAACCAGGCAUAGAUCCAAAUGAAGGAUUAACAUGGGAGAUGACCAAAAGGAGAAUUCACAGUGAUGUCCACAAAGAAACCAUGGAGAAACCUGGUUGGUGUACUGAUCCUCAUUUGCCACCAUGUGCUGCCUUUGUAGAAAUUGUAGCUCCUGUCUUCUCGAGGAAUGCUUGGCGUUGCGUUUGGCAUAUGAUUCAGAAUGAUCUGGUUCACGGAUGGGGACUGGACUUUGCAUUUGCAAGAUGUGUUGAGCCUGCUCAUGAAAAGAUUGGUGUAGUUGAUGCCCAAUGGAUAAGCUAUCAAAGUGGUUCUAUCAGGGACCAAAGGCAGGUAAGAGAGCGGUCCAUGUUGGAGUGGUCACUGUUUCAAGCUCGCUUGGCGCAUGCUGACAGAGCAUACGUCGAUCCAACUGUAAGUGGAUAGACUGCCCUCCUCUCCUCUCUGUCUUUAGCUUACUCCUUACCUCAAGUGAUUUGGCAAUAGACAAGUCCCAUUCUUCCAAUGACUUGCUCCCUGCCUUUAUGUUCUACCUAACAAUGGCAUCUUAUGCCUCUGAUGCUAUCUUCGCAUAUGUUGCUAGCAUCUGCAGAUGUCCUCACAGAUUUGUAAUACCAAAUCAUUUUGUAUAUGAGAUGCUGUCACAAUAAUUAAGACUGGAACAAGGGCGUAAGCUGUUUAACUGUAAGAACUUCGGAAGAGAUUGUCAACUCUUAAGUUCAAAUUCUAUAUCCAUUAGUAUGAGUGCUUUGAGUGGUUCUCA